GUACUUCCUGAUUGCACAUUACGUCACAUUGAUAAACAGUUUUAUUUCGACAAAGUUGAUAUGUAUGAGAUUGAUAUAUAUGAGUUGAAUUAACUAGAGGUUCUCCUGGUUCUUUUCGCUGAAUAGCAAUAUUGAAGAGAGGUUACUUCUACAGUCAGUAGCACUUAAAGAACUGAUAACAUGCAGAACUACGGUAAAGCAAUAAAGGCUUUUUUUGGACAAUAUCCGACGGGGAUCGCUCUUAUCACAGUCACAGGAGUGGGGCUCUUUGCUCUGCGGAAAUGGCUGGCUGGAGGGGUGUGUACGAGCAAAGCCCGGCUGGACGGGAAGACUGUCCUUAUCACCGGAGCCAACACUGGGAUUGGGAAAGAGACUGCAGUUGACAUGGCUAGCAGGGGGGCGAGGGUUAUUCUGGCCUGCAGGGACAUGACAAGAGCCAAUCAAGCUGCAGAGGGCAUCAGGAGGAGGAGUGGCAAUGGGAAUGUGAUUGUCAAAAAGUUGGACUUGGCAUCCCUACAGUCUGUGCGACAACUAGCCAAAGAGAUCCUGGAAAGUGAAGAGAGACUGGACAUCCUUAUUAAUAAUGCAGGUAUCAUGAGCUGUCCAAAAUGGCAGACUGAAGAUGGCUUUGAGAUGCAGUUUGGUACCAACCACUUAGGCCACUUUUUAUUGACAAAUUGCCUUUUGAAUCUCCUUAAGAAAUCAGUCCCAAGCCGUAUUGUCAACGUCUCCAGUUUAGCUCAUGAAAAAGGCAAGAUCUAUUUUGACGACAUAAACUUAGAUAAAGAUUACAGUCCAUGGAAAAGCUACCGGCAAAGUAAGCUAGCUAAUGUGCUCUUUACUAGGGAGCUGGCAACACAACUACAAGGAACUGGAGUAACUACAUACAGCCUCCAUCCUGGAGUCAUCCGGACUGAGCUUGGUCGGCACUUCUGGCCCACCAUUCCCCUGUGGAAAAGAGCCAUCUACAAGACUCUUAGUUUUUGGCUCAAGUCCCCUAGAGAGGGAGCCCAGACCACCAUCCACUGUGCCGUAGAAGAAAGCCUGGCAGAUGUCAGUGGACUCUACUACAGUGACUGCGCCCCAAAAACUGUGGCCCCUCAGGGCCAGGAUGAUGCAGCUGCCAAGAAACUGUGGGACCUGAGUGCCUCCAUGGUUGGUCUGGCAUGAUGGACCUGGUUACCACUAGGACUGGCCUAGCCUUUAGAAUGUUGACAUACAGUUGAAGUCAGAGGUUUACAUACACUUAGGUUAGAGUCAUUAAAACCUGUUUCUCAACCACUCCACAAAUUUCUUGUUAACAAACUAUAGUUUUGGCAAGUCGGUUAGGACAUCUA